GUUGAGGGGACAGUGUGUGGGUAGGAGUGCGCUGUCUCUUUAAGAAAGCGCUCAGGAGCCCGAAGGCUGUGUUCAUAGAAUAUCAGGGUUGGAAGGGACCCCAGAAGGUCAUCUAGUCCAGCCCCCAGACACAAGCAGCUCGGGACCCAGAGAGGCAGCACCACACAUUCCCUCUGUCCCGUCACCCCAGCUCAGUGGAAAGUGGGUGCCCGGAUGAGGGGGACACCCCAACAUCAGCCUCCACUCCCCCAGCAGACAGGAGGACGCUCCCACUUCAGAGUGGCUGGGGCAGCUCUGGGGAGGAAGGAGCAGGGGCGGGAGCAGCAGCAGCUUCACAGGUGGAGGAGGGGAACCCCCGCUCCGGAGGAGUCACCUGGCUUGGAUGGCUGGUUGCCCAACUGCCCCAUGCAGCUCCCAGCCCAGCCCCCUCUCCAGUGCGGCUGCCUGCCUGCUGUCUCCGUCAGCUGGUCAGGUGGGAAUCCAAAUCCUGCGCAUGGGGCCCUCUUUGGCGGGCGGCCCUGGGCGCGGGACUGGACGGGCCCACCCCAAAAGCUGGAUCAUUGCAGGGGAACCGCUUGAUCAGUGCCACGGGGGACUGAGUUCCGGCCAGUGGAGCAGAUUGUGAACUGGCCACAGCCUGAUUCGUGUCCUGCGAAGUGUCCCUGGCCCUCUCCAGCAGCGAGAGCGCAGCACGACCAGUACAACUCGUAUUACUGAGCGUACCAGCCAGGUGGUAUCUGGAGUGGGGGUAGGUGUCAGGAGCACUGCUGGAGGCUUGCCUCGGGAUUCAUCUGUUGAUGUAGCUGCUGUUUGUUGACGCUUCAGGUCCCACCGACAUUAUGGCAAGAUUGCAGCCCAAUGUGGACACCCGGCAGAAGCAGAUGACAGCCUGGUGCUCCUUGGUUCUGUUGUACUGUCGCCUCAACAAGCAGUACACAAUGACGGUCAUGGAGGCCCAAGAAAGCCCACUUUUCAACAACAGGAAACUGCAGCGGAAACUCCCCAUGGAAUCCAUACAAGUUGUGUUAGAAGAACUCAGGAAAAAAGGGAACCUAGAAUGGUUAGACAAGAACAAAUCCAGUUUCCUGAUCAUGUGGCGAAGACCAGAAGAAUGGGGAAAGCUCAUCUAUCAGUGGGUGUCUAAGAAUGGCCUGACCAACUCUGUAUUCACACUCUACGAGCUGUCCAAUGGAGAUGACACACAGAAUGAAGAGUUCCAUGGCUUGGAAGAGUCCAUGUUGCUUCGUGCCCUGCAAGCCUUACAACAAGAGCACAGGGCUGAAAUUAUCACACUCGAUGACGGCCAAGGCGUCAAGUUCUUUUAACAGGCACCCCCUCCCUUCCCAUCUCCUCUGACAGUUAAAGUGUUUCUAGCUUGAAAGGUUCAGUCUUCAGACCUGGAAUCGAGCAGUGACUGGAAGCAGCUGCAUAUUCUGGCUUUCUUAAGGCAAGGAGAAGCUGUGAAGCCUUCUGAAGACAUGACUUUUUCUUAGAAAUCUUCAGAGAUCUUCUGUCUUUCUCUUCUUCCUGUUGAUUCUAUUUAUCUGAGGGGUUAAAGCUGCUCUGGGUAGAUUCAAGGGGAACCACUCCAGGAAUGAUGCGGAACCACUCCAGUUAUUGACCCUAGUUCUCGUGAAAGUAGCUGAAGAGCACGCACUGGCAAGACAAUCGCAUGGCUCUUCAGCUGGCAGCUGGUUAGUUGAGUUUGGCUUUCAAAGAGCAGAUCUUUCACCCCUGUUCUGGUCACAGAGUCAGGCUCUGCAGCCUGCAGAGUGUGAUGAGCAGAACCACUGAACCAGUGACAGCUUUUGAGUUAUAAAAUAUCUCAGCAGAAGAACGAGAGGUGCUCACUGUGAAGCAGGUGGCACUGGGUGUGAUGGGGGUGGGUGCCUGGGAAUUAAUUUGGCAUAAUUAAAAGAAGGUGUAUUUAUAGAGCAGCACUGGGUGGUUUUUUUUGCUUCAUUGCUAAUGAAACUGAAGGUUGCUUUUCUGUCAGAUUAGUGGCCUUGCAUUGUAAUUCUGCGUUGAAAAGACUGUGAAGAUGGCAGCCUACUGGGGAGAGGGGAAGGAUUCCCAGCAAGUCUCUCUCGUGGUCCGUCUUUGUAAGUGAAAAGAUGUCUCUUCUAACUGCCAGACCCACAGACAGUCUUCCAACCUGUGUCCUAGGGUGUGCAGCCUGUGGCUAGAAGGAUUGAGCAGGUGUGACAGGGCUGCUCUGUAGCAGUGAUGGGUAGUGGGAGGGAACAGUUCGGUGUUGAGACCCUCUGCCCUGGUGACGAUGGGUGAAACAGCAAGAGCUCAGCUUGAUUCUGCUGGUGAAGUCUUAGCUGUGUUUUCUGGGGCGGCACGGGACAGUUUGCCCUUCCAGGCCCUUGUCUAAGCGGUGUUCGGCACUGGUUCAGCUGGAGCCCUCGCUGACACCCAUUGUCAACAGCAGGUAAUUUUCAGUGCUGACAAGGUGCUAGAGUCCAGCCAGAGUUUGUGGGGCUGGUGGAGAGAAAACCCUUCUGCCUUGUAAUGGGAACUUGUGACUUGGAGUCAGUGGUACACGGGCCCUCGGCUCACAUGCUAUCCUUCUCACAGGUGCAUAUGUGUUGACCUGCGCUUGGGGGCUGUGUGACACCUCAGCUCUGGGGCUGUAUUUUACUGCUGCCCUGAGUGCUGCUUUGCUGGUAGGAGGCCUGGCUCCUGUAACCUAGGCUCAGAGGAAAUAGCUCUGGCCUCAUUCCUCUGCACCAAGCCGGGUGGUUUACACAGGGCUAAUGUGGUCUCCAGUCCUGUCUGGAGCAGAUCAUCUUUCCGCAAGGACUUUACUGGGCUGCGAAUAAACAGCAGGAUAACACAGUGGCCUGACGUCCUGCCCCCCAGCAGCCAGGAUGGCUUGUUUGUUUGACAAUUAAAGCCUUAAACAAUUGGUUUGACAAGCCGUAACCGUAACCCUUUGCUUCCCAGUGCUGUCUCGUUGUUCCUCUCUCGUGGGGGGUUUUGACUGGCUGUUUUGACAAAGUGGGUUGUGACUCCUUAUUUAAGGCACUGAUGUGUGGGCAUGGUGCUCUCAUGUGACUUGCCACCCACCCCAUCACAUCUCCCCUGAAACUCACAGAGAAGCAGCUGAGGCUAGGAAACUUCUUGGUCUGUUUCCCUAAGUGCUCAUAGUUUCCAUCUCCCCGCAGCUGACGCAAAUACUGAGCAAAAAUAGUUACCCUUCAGCCAGAGCCUGGUAAUGAAUGGUUAAG